AUGCGCUCCUCCCGCUCUCUUGUGCGCCUUUGUUCGCGCCCUGCCUCGUUCGCCAGCGCACCGCGCGCCGCGCCAACUUCCGUGCGCCGCAUUCAUCGAGAGCUCUCGCACAUACGUCGGCCUCAAAGCCCAUCGCUCCAGCCACGAGCAUUCCUGUCGCAGCCGUGUCGCCAUGCAUUCUCCACCACGGCGAAGCGCUCGGAGUCUGCACCCGCGCAGCCGGACGCUUCUUCUGCCGCACCGGAGCAGCAGGAGGUUCCGCAGUACCAAAUGACCUUCACCUGCAAAGUCUGCGAAACGAGGUCAUCGCAUAAGAUUUCCAAACAAGGCUACCACCAUGGCACGGUGUUGAUCUCGUGUCCGGGCUGCAAGAACCGGCACUUGAUCUCUGAUCACCUCAGGGUCUUCGCCGACCAGAGCACCACCCUUGAAGACAUAAUGAGAGAGAAAGGCCAGUUAGUAAAGCGUGGGCAGCUCAGCGAAGACGGAGAUCUCGAGCUUUGGGACGAUGGCUCGCAGACGAAAUACGAACCUCCCGCACCAAGAGCUCCUACUACGGACGCGGUCAGCGACAACGCCGCUCCGGGAGCUUCAUUCAAGAAGUCUUCAUAG